GUCAAUUAACAAUUCUCACUAAAAUUCUCGCUGAAAAGUUAAAUGAGAGAGAAAGACAAAUAAUUACGCAAAAGCAAAAAGAGGUUUGCGAAUUAGAAACUCAGUUACUCGCUCUGGGCUGUCAAGAGCAAAAAAUCCAAGAGAUUUAUCAAAAAGUUUCUGAGAAUUCUUAUCAGGCCCAAAUUCAAAUCUCACCGCAAAAUAAUUAA